CACAAGGCUGGUAGCACGGCGCGCGGAGGACUCCCAUAAUAUAUCCUAUUGCCGCUUGUCGUGACACUUCAAUCGACAUUGCUUAGAAACAACACGGUUCUCAUUUAAUUGGCUUUGAAAAUUUGUUAUAGCCUACCAAAGCAUCAAGUAGUUAAUCUCACGUAUUUUCAAGUGUUCGAGGCUACCGACCACACCACACCAAGAACUUGACACGUUUUAGAGUUAACACGUGUGCUUUGCUUAGUCCUCCCGUCAUAUUGAUGUGGAUUCUUUCAUUUAUCGAAGAAAUCCUGUGAAAGAUAUUCUUUCCUUGGGUGUGAAGGAAUUAGCCUUUGUUGGGAUAAGUGAACAUAACGGUCCCUGUUAUCCGCGGAGUAGGUGUGGCAGAGGUGUGGGACAGGACCUGCGGCUGACAUUUGUUCAAGGCUAAAAACAUCGGGAAACUUUCGUGAUGUAACGGUAUUUCCUAAAACAAUGUGUUACAUCACUUGAUGACAGAAGGAGACAGUCCUCCUUACGUUAAUAUCCAUGACAAAUGUGCUCGGGAUGGCCUUCGCCUGUGUCCUGCUUCAGCUCGUUCUCCUCGGUGCCACUGGAAUCCACACAGAGCACAGAUACCCCCGUUUCUCCUCCAAUGACACGAUCUUUGAGCACCUGGCCCUGCACCCCGACCCCUCAGUGGGCACCGUGUACGUGGGGGCGCGCGACCGUCUGUUCCAGCUGGACGGCCUGGACGGCCUGCGGCUGGAGCAGGAGGAGCGCACGGGCCCCGUGAGGGACAGCAAGGACUGCCUGCCCCCGGUCACCGAGGCCCACUGCCCCCACGCCAGCUACGCCAGCAACCACAACAAGCUGAUGCUGGUGGACCCCUACUCCAUGCAGCUCAUCACCUGCGGCAGCGUCCACCAGGGCACCUGCCAGAAGCGCAGCCUGGCCUCGGUGAGCGAGGUGCUAUUCUCGGCCGAGCGGCCCGUGGACACGCAGCACGUGGCGGCCAACGACCCGGCCGUGUCCACCGUGGGCCUGGUGGUGCGGCCGCGGGACGGCGCUCCCCCGGUGCUGUACGUGGGCCGGGGCUACACCAGCAGCCAGCCGCCCAUCUCCACGCGCCACCUCACCACUGAGCCCAUCUUCUCCUACGAGGAGACGGCCAAGCUCACCGUGGCCGGGCGGCAGUCGGAGUACGACCACCAUUUUGUGACCACUUUCUCCCGCCGGGAACAUGUGUACUUCCUGUUCUACAGACGAGACCUCAAGGCCACGUCUCGUGAGUACCGGACUUACGUGGCCCGCGUGUGUCUCGAUGACGCCGCCUACUAUUCCUAUGUGGAGGUGCCCCUGGUGUGUCACUCCGUGUCAACUGGGAAAAACUACAACCUCCUUCAGGCCGCCGAUCUUGGGAGUACAGGCUCUGGGACUGAGAUGCUCGUGGGGGUGUUCUCUCCCUGGGUGAGCUCAACCAUAGGGCCCGGUGAGGAGUCCGCUCUCUGCUUCUACCAGCUGGACCAGCUGGACCAUCAGAUGGACGCCACACGAGACCUGUGCUACACUCAGAUGGGGUUUGGCGAAGGUGGCGCUGAAGUGGCCUACAUUGAGUAUGACGUUAAAUCAAGCUGCGCUAGUCUGCCAAGGAACACCCUGAAGGCAUAUCCCUGUGGUUCCGACCACACCCCCAGCCCCAUGGCCAGCCGCGCGGCGGUGGAGAGCAGGGCACUCUGGGAUAGCCCCACAGCUCGCCUCUCAGCCGUAGCCGUCAGCGUCAGGGACCAGCACACCAUCGCCUUCCUGGGAGACUCCAAGGGAAACCUACACAAGGUGUUCAUAGAUUACGCCACGGGGAAGGCAGAGAGAUACGCCACCAUCUUAGUCCAGCCUGACUCCCCCAUCAGCAGUGAUCUGAUCCUGGACCAGGAGCACAGACACCUCUUCAUCAUGACUAGCACUGCUGUCGAGAAGCGUCCUGUGUCUGAGUGUGAGAGGCACUCUGACUGCGAGUCGUGUCUGGCCUCCCAUGAUCCCUAUUGUGGCUGGUGUGUGCUGGAGGGAAGGUGUGGCGUGCGCUCGGCCUGCCAGCGGGGGUCCUUGCAGGGCCAGUGGCUCUGGAGCUUCGGCCCCCAGCAGCAGCACUGCCUCAGGGUCGCCUCCCUCAGCCCCCUCAACGCAAGCCGUGGAGAGGAGACCAGUGUUGUUCUGGAAGUUCCAGGUUUGCCCAGCCUGUCCGAAGGGGAGGCGUACAGCUGUGACUUUAGGGGCACUGAGACUCCUGCCGCCGUCCAGGGCACAACUGUCAGCUGCCACACUCCACACACGAGGAGGGUGCCAUCCAUCAGUCAAGGCGAAGACUCUGUCACAGUCCCCCUGUCACUCCGCUUUCUCAACAUCACAGUUGCCAGCCAAAUGUUUACCUUCUACGACUGCGGCCUGGUCCAAAGAUUCUGUUCUGGAUGCUGGGACCACCCGGUGAUAAGGGUAGUUUCACAUGAUGAAGACAGUGCUGAGGAGCCUGUGGGUCAAAUCCCUCCAUCACCAGCCCCAGACUCAGCUCUCACCAGUCCAGAGAGUGUAACCUCUUGGGUGGAUGUGCCUGUUGACUCUGAUGAGGAGGUAGGGGCGGAGGUGACUGUGUCAUCUGCCACAGCGCCCUCUGGGGAUGGGGAGGGGGAGAGCAGCCCACCCGACUUCUCGCAAAACCCAGACGUGGAUUACCAGUCUGACUCAGCUGAUUUUUAUCUACCGGGGGAUGAGGGCUCAUUUGUGAGUGGGGGUUCUUACGCCUGUCCCUGUGUGGAGAACAUCCAAGGCUCGUCUCUUCUGCCCGUCAACAUUGAGAGGAAGAUCACACUCACAGGACGCAAUCUGCAUCUGUACAAGGAUGAAGAGUUGGACUAUGAAUGUGUGCUGACCGUAGAGGGAAAGGCUGUGGUGGUGGAUGCCUUUGUUGAAGCAGAUGAUGCACAGUCCUCCCUCUUCUUCAUCACCUGCCAACUCCACAAGUACUCCUACUCAGCUGUCGUGGAGGAGUACAACGCCAUGAUCUCUGUCAGGAGGAGAAACACCUUCCAGAUGGACAGUGUCCAGGAUCUGCAUGUGACUCUGUAUAACUGCUCAGUGGGGCGUUCGGACUGCAGCCACUGCCAUACGGCGGACCAGAGGUUUGGCUGUGUGUGGUGUGGCGGGCCUCUGUCCAGCUGCCUCUACAGGGACUCCUGUGCAGAUGAGGUCCAGCAGACGUGCCCAGCACCUGUCAUCCACCUGGUCGAGCCAUUGUCUGGACCCGUGGAGGGGGGCACCAUUGUCACCAUCUCAGGUUCUAACCUUGGCCAGAGGGCGGAGGACAUCCAGCACUCGGUCACCGUGGCGGGGGUUCCCUGCAAUGUCAUUCCAAGCAGCUACGAGGUCUCAUCAAGGAUCGUAUGCGAGACCACAGCCAGUGGAGGGGAGCGAGCCGGCCAGGCGUCAGUGGAGGUCAGGGAUGGAGGAGUCGGGCUCUCAGGACAGAGGUUUCACUUCCAGGAUCCAGUGCUGAUGGAUGUGUUCCCUCUGAGGGGCCCGCUGGCCGGAGGCACCCUGCUCACCAUCACCGGCCAGAACCUACGUACCGGCCACCUAAGCGAGAUCACUGUUCUUAUCGGGGGAGUGCCCUGCGCAAUUUCCUCUGAGGUCCAGGAUGAUCACAUCGAGUGCGUGACCAGCAGCAGUAACAUGACUGGAGAGCAUGGCGUGGUGGUUCGCUUCAAUAGGGCAGAGCGCCAUCUGCAGGCGGUUCCCUUUCACUACUGCCCUGACCCCAAUAUCACGCAGGCAGCACCAUCCAGAAGCUUUCUCAGUGGCGGGCGAAUGAUCAAAGUGUCUGGACAGAACCUGGAUGUAGUGCAAGAGCCACGGAUCCGUGUGACACUCACACCUUUGGAGCCUCAUCCGCAGAGGAAAAAGAAGAGGAAGAGGAGGAAGAGCGAGAACACAGAGGAGAGGGAAAGUAGGCCACUCAAGAGGUUGCGGCGGAUUAUUCCGGAGCCUGGCUGCCCAGAGGGAGUACUCUGCACUGUGAAACAGUUUGAAGAGCGCUGCACGGUAAACAGCUCCUCCCUGAUCCUGUGCCGGACGCCGGCCGUGGGGGCGGAGGCGCUGCACGCCCAGGUGAAGGUGGACUUCCUGCUGGACAACCUCCACUUCAGCUUCGGCGCGGUCGGUGAGGCCGAUGCAUUCAGCUACGAGCGGAACCCAGUCCUCCGAACGCUCAACCAAAACGACCCCAGCAAACCCUACCGCCACAAGCCUGGCAGCAUCAUCUCUGUGGAGGGUGAAAAUUUAGAUCUGGCCAUUUUCAAAGAGGAGGUGGUGGCCCUGAUUGGAGAGGGCGUUUGUGCCGUUAAAACUCUGACCCGUAACCACCUGUACUGCGAACCCCCUUCCCAGCAGCCCACGGAGGUGGCAUCGAAGAGGCGCGAGGGUGCAGAUGUGCUCCCAGAAUUCACAGUCAGAAUGGGAAACCUGAACUUCUCUCUGGGCAGGGUGCAGUACGACACCCAGAGCCUGUCAACCUUCCCUCUGGAGGCCCAGGUGGGAGUUGGGGUGGGGGCCUCCAUCGUGGCGCUCAUUGUGUUGGUCAUCGUCUUAAUAUACAGGAGGAAGAGCAAACAGGCUGUGAGGGACUAUAAGAAAGUCCAGAUCCAACUGGAGAACCUGGAGACAAGUGUGAGAGAUCGCUGCAAGAAGGAGUUCACUGACCUGAUGACAGAGAUGAUGGAUAUGUCCAGUGACCUGGUUGGAUCAGGGAUCCCUAUCCUGGACUACCGCACCUAUGCCGAGAGGAUCUUCUUUCCCGGCCACAAGGAGUCACCGCUCCGGCGGGAUCUGGAUGUGCAGGAAUGUCGCCGGGCAACAGUGGAGCAGGGCCUGGUGCAGCUGUCCAACCUGCUGAAUAGCAAACUCUUCCUCACCAAGUUCAUCCAUACGCUGGAGGGCCAGCGGACCUUCUCCCCGCGGGACCGGGCCUACGUGGCGUCCCUGCUGACCGUGGCGCUGCACAGCAAGCUGGAGUACUUCACCGACAUCCUCAAAACCCUGCUCAACGACCUGGUGGAGCAGUACACCGCCAAGAACCCCAAGCUCAUGCUUCGGAGAACCGAGUCCGUGGUGGAGAAACUGCUGACGAACUGGAUGUCUAUCUGCCUCUACUCAUUCCUCAGGGACUCGGCGGGGGAGCCUCUGUACAUGCUGUUCAGAGCCAUAAAACAACUGGUGGAUAAGGGUCCUGUGGACGCCGUGACAGGCAAGGCCAAGUACACACUCAACGACAACCGCCUGCUCCGCGAGGACGUGGACUUUCGCACACUGACCCUAAAUGUCCUCGUGACUGGAGGAGGUUCCAAUGAGAGCCAGACGAUGGCCACCAAAGUGCUGGACUGUGACACCAUCACCCAGGUGAAAGAGAAGGUUCUGGAGCAGACCUGGAAGAGCACAUCCUACUCCCUGCGGCCAGCAACCGACUCCCUGCACUUAGAAUGGCGGGCGGGGGUGGCAGGUCACCUGAUUCUGUCAGACGAGGACCUCACAUCAGUGGUGCAGGGGACAUGGAAACGACUCAACACUCUACAGCACUACAAGGUCCCCGAUGGUGCCACCGUCACGCUGGUGCCUCGCCACUCCAAGCACAUUCACCACGACAGCCACGACUACAUGCCCGGAGAGAAGACGCCCAUGCUGGAGGAUGGCGACGAGGGGGGCAUGAAGCUGUGGCACCUGGUGAAGGGCAACGAGGAGCCCGAGCUGCCCAAGCACAGACGAGGCAGCCUGAGGGAGAGGGAGCGCGAGAGGGCCAAGGCCAUCCCCGAGAUCUACCUCACACGUUUACUCUCCAUGAAGGGGACGCUGCAGAAGUUUGUGGACGACCUGUUCACGGUGAUCCUGAGCACCAGUAGGCCUGUGCCCCUGGCUGUCAAAUACUUCUUUGACCUCCUGGACGACCAGGCCCUUCAGCACAACAUUACUGACCCAGAGACAGUCCAUAUCUGGAAAACCAACAGCCUACCCCUAAGAUUCUGGAUCAACAUACUGAAGAACCCACAUUUCAUUUUCGAUGUGCAUACCUCUGAUAAUGUGGACGCUGUACUGUCUGUCAUUGCCCAGACCUUCAUGGACUCGUGCACCAUUGCAGACCACAAGCUGGGCCGGGAUUCCCCCAUUAACAAGUUGCUCUAUGCCAGAGACAUCCCACGCUACAAGCAGAUGGUGGAGAGGUAUUAUGCUGACAUCAGGCAAACAAUUUCAGCCAGUGAUCAGGAAAUGAAUUCGGCUCUUGCGGAGCUGUCGAGGAAUUACUCUGGCGAGGUGAAUUGCUAUGUGGCCUUGCACGAGUUAUACAAGUACAUCAACAAAUAUUAUGAUCAGAUCAUUAGUGCACUGGAAGAGGACCCCACGGCCCAGAAGAUGCAGCUGGGGUACAGGCUCCAGCAGAUCGCUGCCGCCGUGGAGAACAAAGUCACUGACCUAUGACCUCACACACCCCUGACUCUGAAUGACACAGUGUCAUGGAGACUCUGAAUAACCUGGCUGAAAACUGGGCCACUCAAAGGGAUGACUGAUGAGUACUGUAAAUGACCUCCGCAUGAGCUGGAGAUGUUUCCAGAAGGCAGGAGGACAGGAGGAGAUGGAGAUGGAUGAAGCUGGCAGAGGUGUGAGGGAAGGACAGGUCUCCACCAUCCAUUAGAUUAGACUUCAAACCUCAGCAGAAACUCGUGAAGGACUUGAAAUUGCCACCGUUACAGUAUACAGCAUACCGUAUUCUGGAUUCUGCUGAUUUCCUCUGCAAGUGUGACGUGAUUGUUCUGGGCAUUCCUACUUCACACCCUCCUCUUGUGCACACUUGUUUGCCCAUGGUACGUUACUGAGAGAAUUUCCCUCUAAGAUGGACUGAUUUGUAUGAGAGGACUUGAUAACUGCAUAUAGCGCUGGUGUUUGCCAGUUGCUGCAGUAGGAUUGACAUAAACUUAGAAAGAGUUAGCGCAACAGGUAAAGUAUGAGAGUGUACGUCCUCUUUUGUUUCCCUGACUAUCCUCCUUUGUGUCUUACUUCUGUAGUGAAUUGUAGAGUCUUUGGAACAGAGUUCAAUCAUAAGAGUGUUUUGGGGUCUUUGGAAUUGCAUAUUGUAUCUUAGUGGGGUUAGCCUGAAUGGUCCAAAACACAAAUGGUCUUAAAACAUAAAACCUAAUAAUUCAUAUCAAAUAUAAAUUUUAAAAAAAAUGGAAAGGUGGCCUUUAUUGACCUAGUACUAAACCGAUUAUUUUGCCAAUGCACCUGGUACAUUGAAUUGAUCAAAGCAAAGUAUUUGAAUUAAAACUGGAUCUUAAGACUAAGACCAAAGUUAGCCAAAAACAGAAAAAAACACAUUGCAUUUCCCUCAGUGACCAGCAGAUGUCAGCUUACCAAAAGCACCCACCCAGUGACUGCACUUAACAACUGGUAUUAGUAAAUUAGUCAGCUGUUAGGAGAAAAAAAUGUGUUGUGAAAUUAUUUGAACAGUACUUAAUUAUAUAAAAUAAUUAUAAUAUAUUGUUAUUCCAAAUAGACACCACUUCAAAGUACAUGCUGCCUAGAAUGUUUCGGGUUUUAAACAUUGCUACUGUCUACUGGUUUCAUUGAAAGAAUGCAUACUUGGCAGAGUUUACAAAAUCCCUGAAAUGCAAAAAGACAUUUCUCUUAUUGGCAAUGGCAAAUACUGGUUGGAAUACAUUUGAGGCUUUCCUACUGAAGGUAUCAUGCACACACACACACACACACACACACACACACACACACACACACACACACACACACACACACACACACACACACACACAAUUGCUUCCAUUUUAUUUAUUAAUUAAUUUAUUUCUUUCCCAGCUGGCUUCUAUAACAGCUUGCCAAUUAAAAAGUAAAGACCAAAAGAUGAGACGAGUUUCUGUCAAAAGCAUUUUAUAAAAUGUCUCCUCCACUCCUGUACCUGGUUCCCAGUUUUUCCACAAGGGCGGAAGGAAGGGUCGGAAUAUUCCAUGUUCUUUUGAUGAAUGCAUGUUUACAAACUAUGGCAGUCCCAUGCUGACCAUGAUGAAUGCUUUUCCAUGGCUUUUGAAUAAAAUAAUGUACACGGUUGCAGGUUUGGAAGGCUGAUAAUCUAAGUGUGAUUGGAAAUCAUGUAUUGAUGUCAUUGCCUUUCUCAGUGAAAUUUCUCUGUUUGUAAAUAGAGUUGUAUGUAUCACCAUUGCUUUUUUUGUGGUCGGAAGAAGAGGAUAGUUCAUGCAAAGCAAACAAUAAAGUCCUCUGAAGUUCAA